ACUUUCUCUCAGCUCCCCUCAUUCACACAAGCUCCUUCACUGCACUGGACUGAAAUGUUUUCUUUCUCGACUUGGGCCACCAGAGAUGAUGAUGAUGAUGAUGAUGCUUCAGAGUAACUCUUCAUAAAGCUUGCUGGAGAAAAAGGGCAGAGUUGCAGCUGAUGGGCUGCUGCUGCUACUCUUUCUAUCUUUAUCCCUCUUUUAAUUUGGACACUGGGGAGAAAUAAAUAGCUCCACACACACUGUUGGGAGGCAAAUGAAUGGAGGAGACUCGUGGGGAUUUUCCCAAGGCUGAAGGCACACCAAGAGAUCCUAAAUGGACCAAAAUGCAUUUGGCAGAAUAAUUUCAAACGUUGUUUUCGAACAUGUUCUUGCAAGGAAUUUAAUUUCUUAACUUUUUUUUUGUGGAAUUUAACCAGAAGAGUUGUAUGUUUGGGUCAAGCAUGUAUUCUUUAAUGCUGCUUCACCAGUGGAGUCUGGCUGUGAUCUUGCUGUGUUCCCCAGUGACUUUUGAAGGGAGACCGGCUGAUGCACUCAUUAACAGACCGAGAAGGUCGGUGAGCCACGCCCAGUUGAUGCAUGACAAGAGCCGUUCCAUCCAGGAGCACAGGCGCAAAACGUGGCUGCAGCAACUGCUGGAGGAGGUGCACACGGCUGGUGAACACGCUCCACCUGUGCAGAGCAGGACCCAGGGCCAAACGUCCAGUGGGAACGUUCUACACCAGAAGCCCCAAGGGGCCAGCAAGGACCUUCUAGAGAAGUUUAACGUGGACAGAAUAGGUCCUCACCUCCCCCAGGAGACCAUCAAGGCUUCGCCAUACAAAGACCAGGACUUAAAAGUUACCACCAAGAGGAAAAAAAAGGUCCGGUUAGGCAGGCGCAGAGAGAAUGAAAAGAAGAGGAGAAGAACCCCUUCUGCCGUUGGAAAUGGGCCAUGAAUGGAUGAGGACCAAUGGGACCUUUUUCUAAUGGUGCUGCAUUAAGACACUGAUGAGGACUGACACCUGGCGGACUGUCUCAGAAGUCAGGGUCAUGCUUGUAUGAUAAAAUAGUCAUAUUUUUGUUUUUUGCAUACUUUCUGGAUUUUUUAACAUGAAGUCUUAGGUCCAUAUUUAUUAGUAGGAUCUCCGCACCUGUAACUUGGAUGUCCUUUGUAUGCCUUGUAAUCUAUAACCAAACUUGUACACAGACUGAGCAGACUAGGAAAUGUUUAUUUCCUUUGGUACAGGAACCACAUAAAGGAGGUUAAGAGAACUACUUUCCUUUGGCUCUGCAAAUGUCGACCAUCUUGAACCAGGAAUUCUAAGAAAACCUUUCAGUUAAAACAGUCAUGAAAAAGAAGGUACACCCUUUUUCACACGGAUUUAAUGUUAAUCGGCAAGUUUGAGUGUAAAAAAAACAAAGAAUAUGCAGUUUAAGCAGUUUUAACAGCAACAAAGUAUGUAGAAAGAAGGGCAAGACAAAGAUCGGGAGGAUAGCUGCAUGUGCUAGUGUGCAUGUGCUGCCCAUCUUUUCUUCUACAAAUAAAUAAAAGACAGAAGAGGCUGUCUAAGUGGAAAAAGGCCUGAAUUGUUCUAGCAGAGUGUCUGACUAGCAGGGCUGUGAGUUGUUCAUUGUGCUCCUUUUUUGACUUUAGAUGGCUCUGUUAUGCUUCACUCAGGGCAGAAGUUUGAACAUCCAGGAUGUGUGGGGUUAGGGGCUCUUUUUUGGGUCUAGACCAGUUAGUUAUGCAGUUUUGUAAAUGAUUAAUAAAUCCUUUUAGCUUUGCCAGCUUCUAAAAUUAUUUAUUUUUAACUUUUGUUAUUCAUCAAACAACCAUAGGAAUUUACUGAACCAACUAUUGCAGUAACGACUUAAGUGAAGUCAUGAGUCUCACAUUAACACAGAUGAGUUUUUGAUGCACUCCUUACUAUAUAAUGUUGCUUAGAUAUUGUUUUAUAUGACCCAAUUCUAGCUCAGUUUUGGAAAUAUGGUCUUUAACAAUAACCUCAAGAGUUCUUUAGUAUGCAAACCAGCUUAUGGUCAGUAAAAAGGUUAAAAUUGUCCCACAUCCAGUGGAUGACAAACAAGCCCAAAUCAUCAGCCCUCCACCACCAUGCUUGACAGCUGGUAUUGGAGUGCUUCUAUGUCCUCUGUUCGGCUGCCAUUAAAUAUGCAGUUUUGUUUUAUAGCGCAACAAAUGGGAAUUGUCCAAAAUAUAUUGAUCCAAAAGGUUAUAAGUGAACAACUUUACAUCUUUGUAGCUUUGCAGAAAGGACGGUUUUCUGCAAACCCUCUUAAUGGGACAGAUUUAUUUACCCAGCCACUAGAACCUGAGAUGCAGCUUUGUUGUCGUUUAUCAGAACAUUGCCUACUGUAGGUCACUAUGCUGGAACAUUUUCUCCUAGGAAGAUUGGUAGCUGUCCUAAAUUCUUUUCAACACACAUAGACUUAAAGGCAUCAAAAGCAGAUUUUCCUCCUUGGUAUUAUGUUAGAAAACAUUGAAAUAAUCCAGAUCAGCAAACUGCAUAACCCCCUGCUUUAACUCUAUAGCUUACACCUGGCAAUAGCUCUGAUCUGGUGAGGGUGAACUCUCUUUUUAAAUGACUGUACCUCUGUUUCAAAUGGUUCAGCCAUAAUUUAUUUCAUUUUUAAAAUCUAUAUUUAUUUUGUGAAUGUAUCAUGGUGCUGCUGAUUUAAUUCCAUUAUGCACUUUAGUAACAUCCUGUAUAAGUUCCUUUGUGGUUGAAUUUUUGCAUAGGGGCUGUUGUUGAUGGUACUGCUUUCCUUCCUCACUUCAGAUCCCUCAUGGACUCAUAACUUAUCAGAAGCAGCAUCGGAUUUAGCUUCUGUUGAGUUGAGCUGCAGUUUGUGUGUUUGGGAUAAGCCAAAGCCAGGGGCUCGACCCAGCUUCAUUGUUCUGGACUUGCACUGAGGGAUUGCUGUACAUGUUCCAGUUAAUCAAACAUUAAAAAAGUAGC